CCCCAGAGGCUCUGGUGCCAGAGCCACCAGCAUUCCUGGCGACACAGUCCACUCCCAACGAAAGCGUGGGUGAGGUUCCAGUUGUUCCACCUCUGCCACUUGUCGAGGGAACCAUUCCCACUCAGAUACUGCCAGAGGCUCCGUCCCCUCCAGAUGUUAACAUUGCAGUCAGAGCUGCUCCUAGCCCAACGUUGACACAGCCAGCUGGGAACAUACCGCCGUGGUCCAUUUACGCCGAGGAGGCGCACCUGAUGGUCAUGAGAUUACGCGAGGAGAAAGAACAAGAAAUCAAGAAACUCAACCAAGAUUGGCGUGAUAAGCUGGAUGCCAGAGAAAAGGAGUUCAUCAAGAUGGCACGCCUCUCUGAGGACCAGGUGGCCAGCACCCUGAAGGAAGUGGAAGGAUUGUUCAUGAAGGCUUCGUGUUCUCCCGUCUGCCAAAAUCACCAGGAUGCCGUCAUGCAUUGCUACCAGGACCAUCCCCGCCAGUCCCUUCGAUGUGCCAGGGAGGUGGAGCAGUUUGCACAAUGUGUGGAUCUUUCGCGUCUGCAAUCAGUCAUGAAGCAAGAAGCACACUGAGGAAUCACGCUAAAUGCCACAUCAAGCACUGCGUCAGCUACAAAAAGCACUUCGAAGUAAGCGAACUGCGAAGGAAUCUAUUAGCAGACUAAAUGUACAGCAUUGUUUCUUUUCUUGGAAAAAAAAAAGAUGUAUAUGUCAUAAGAUUUUGAAUAAGAUUCAUAUUGUACAGUCAUAAUCUUUUAUUAAUUAAAAUAUUUACAAAAGAA